GUCAUCACGGCAUUCCCAAGGCUGGAGAGGAGAGGUAUGCAUUAGGAACAGCAGAGAGGCUAGUGAAAUCGAUCUCUUUGCCGCAAUCGGCUCUAUCCUCUCAUUAGUACUAAGAAGCUGGCUCUUGCUUCACAUUCUCUUCGUAGCGGGACUCGAAUGCGACAUUCAUUCAACCGCAUUAGACACAUGUUUCCAACAACGAGAUUUGAUUAAGGUCAAGUAUCCCUCAGAAACAUUCCAGCUAGCGCAUUAGACCACAGGCUCUAAAAAAACUAGGAAAAAAUUAGUCCUACCAAGAUGCAGCUUCGAGCGGUGGAUCUUACUCACGUUCGUUACUAUCACGAUGACCCGCUCGGCGUAGUCAUGGCAUGGGCGUCGCUCGUCCCCGUCUUCAUCGCCUUCGGCUGCUUCCCCACCCACGUGGUCUUCCGCCGCGAUUUGCGGACCAUGUUCUUCAUGCUCGGGCUGCUAUUGGACGACACGUUCAACCACGUCAUCAAGCACGCGCUCGAGAUGCCACGUCCGCCGCACACGUGCGCGGCGCUCGAGGUGUGCGACUCGCACGGGAUGCCGUCCGCGCAUUCGCAAUUCAUGGCGUUCUUCGCGACGUUCGCGACGUGGCUCGUGUGUUACAAGAUCGACUACGAAGACGAGCGAUGGCGAUGGGUCACGGCUCUGCUGCCCUGGCCAUUCACUUUUCUCACUAUGGCGUCUCGGGUGUACCUCGGUUACCAUACAAUUCCGCAGGUCCUUGCAGGCUUUUCCCUCGGCAUCCUGUCAGCAUCCACCUGGUUCUACGUGGUGCACCGGUUUUUCGCGCCCUUCUUCCCGACAAUCUCCAACAGCGCGUGGGGGCGGUACCUGUGCAUCAAGGACGACUGCCACAUUCGCAACGUGGCUGUGUUUGAGUACCGCAACUCCAGGAAAGCGAGAGAGGAGCAGGAGAGAGCGAAAGAGCAGCAGGAGAAAUCGGGAGAGGAGCAGGGAAAUGCGGGAGAGGAGCAGGGGAAUGCGGGAGAGGAGCAGGGGAAUGCAGGAGAGGAGCAGGGGAAUGCAGGAGAGGAGCAGGGGAAUGCAGGAGAGGAGCAGGGGAAUGCGAGAGAGGAGCAGGGGAAUGCAGGAGAGCAGGGGAAUGCAGGAGAGGAGCAGGGGAAUGCGGGAGAGGAGCAGGGGAAUGCAGGAGAGGAGGAGAAAUUGCUGCGGGAGAAAGUGGGCCAGGAGCAGGCAACUUUGAGCAAGGAGCAGGAGAAGGAGCAGGAGGGCAGAGAGCAGCAAGAGGGCAAGGAAAAGUAGGUUUGGUGGGCGCAGUGGGAGCAGUGGGAGCAUAGGAGAUAGGAAUGUACGGUAUGUGUUCAUGGCGUUUAGGGUCCAAUUCAGGGUGCACUCAACACGAUUCCAGAGGCCAUUGUUACUUGCUACUGCUAUUGCAAUGAUUCUCCCAC